GCUCUUUCCAUUUAAACUACCAUUUUAUCGAUGCUAAUUAACUUUAGAGCUUCCAUAUAUGGGUGAGAUUGGAGGCUUAGAAAUCCCACUCCUCGCGCCUACCCCGCAUCCCCAGAUGUCGACCUCAUCAGCUCCACCACUAACACCCAAACGAGAGUUCGUCGCUCUCAUGACAGGCUUCGGUCCCUUCCCGCAAGCGCCCAUAAACACAUCCCACCUCCUCACCAUGCAUCUCGCAGAUCAUCUAUCAAUGAUCAACCAAUACAACUCAACUGGACUGCCUAUCGAAAUUCCGAAUCCCACUGCCGCGGACGGGAAAUUCAUUAAAACCGAGUACGCCUAUAUGGUUGGGAGUAGUACUCCUUGGAAGAGAGAGCGUUCAAUGAAAGGUUUACCAGUAAUUGGUGCGGCGCACGGGAGGAGGAGGGGUAUUAUAGUGCCUGAUGCAGAGGGGAAGACGGUUAGGGAUAUUUCCAAGAAGGGAGGGAAGGGGAUGUGGGACGAUAUUCCGUUGGGACUGAAAGCUGCCGGGCUUAACGUUAGGAUUUUUGUGGAUGAUGUGAAGAAGAUUGUGAACUAUGAAACGGAUAACAAGGGGAAGGGGAAGGGGAAGGAGAAGAUAAAGGUUGAUGUCAUUUCUCAUGAUGGGGCUGGAUAUGCGGGUGGAUUUAAUUUAUUAUGA